UAUAACGCUUUGCGGCGCUUUACGGCAGGCAUGCUUGUUGUUAGCUGAAAGGAAGCUAGUCGUGCCAAAAUUCGCUCUUAGCCACAACAGAACUGCGAUACACGCGUUUAACCAGCGGAAAUGGAUGUCGGAGAACUCUUAAACUAUCAGCCUGACAGAGGAGCCAAGCGUCUGAGGGCAGAUGAUGGAGGAGCUGCAGGAGGAGAAGAAAACUCCAGAGGAGGGAAGCAGCAGAGAGGUUUGGGAGCCAGGGAGGCCAGCAGAUACAGAGAAAUGGACGGAGGUGUUGAAGUGAAGGAAACGGAAGAGCCAGCCGGAGACAAAAACACGAUUUUAGAAAAACUGAUGGACCAGGAUGGGGAAGAACCUGAGGCCGAGCCGGUUGACGAGAGCUCAGUGAAGAAAAUGAUCCUGACCUUUGAGAAAAGGUCGUACAAAAACCAGGAACUGAGGAUAAAGUUUCCAGACAACCCAGAGAAGUUUAUGGAGUCGGAGCUGGACCUGAAUGACAUCAUUCAAGAAAUGCACGUAAUCGCCACCAUGCCAGAUCUCUACCACCUGCUGGUGGAGCUUAAUGCCGUCCACUCUCUGCUGGGCCUUCUCAGUCAUGAAAACACUGAUGUUGCCAUAGCUGUGGUGGACCUGCUGCAGGAGCUGACCGAUAUCGACACGCUCAAUGAGAGCGAGGAAGGAGCUGAGGUCCUCAUUGAGGCUCUGCAUGAGGGUCAGGUGGUGGCUUUGCUCGUGCAGAACAUGGAGCGGCUUGAUGAACAAGUGAAAGAAGAGGCUGAUGGCAUCUACAACACGCUUGCUAUUGUUGAAAAUAUGGCAGAAUUCAGACCCGGCCUGUGCACUGAAGCAGCUCAACAGGGACUCAUGCAGUGGCUGCUCAAAAGAAUCAAGGCGAAGAUGCCGUUUGAUGCUAACAAGCUUUACUGCAGUGAGAUUCUGGCCAUCUUGCUGCAGAAUAAUGACACUACCAGGGAACUACUGGGGGAAAUGGACGGUAUUGAUGUCUUGCUGCAGCAGCUCUCUGUGUUUAAACGCCACAACCCGAACACAGCUGAGGAGCAGGAGAUGAUGGAAAACCUUUUUGACGCUCUGUGCUCCUGCCUCAUGCUGUCCUCCAAUCGGGACCGCUUCCUAAAAGGUGAAGGACUGCAGCUAAUGAACCUCAUGCUCAGAGAAAAGAAGUUGUCUCGAACCAGUGCUCUGAAGGUCCUGGACCAUGCUAUGAUUGGUCCAGAGGGAGCAGAUAACUGCCAUAAGUUUGUGGAUGUUCUGGGCUUACGGACCAUCUUCCCACUUUUUAUGAAAACCCCAAAGAAGAUGAAGAAAACUGGUACUUCAGAGAAAGAGCACGAAGAACACGUCUCCUCCGUCAUCGCUUCCAUGCUGAGGAACCUCAAGUCCCAGCAGAGAACCAGACUCCUCAACAAGUUCACAGAAAACGACUGUGAAAAGGUUGAUCGACUGAUGGAGUUGUAUUUUAAAUACUUGGAGGCUGUGCAGCAAGCUGAUAAGAGGAUCGAAGGAGAGAAACAUGUAAGAAUCCAUAUAUUCAUCCUGCAUUCCUAUCAGGGCAGGACAAUAAUUUGGUAUCAAUAUAUCGCAAUAUUUUUUUAUUCAAUAACAGUUAUAUGACAUAACAGUUUUUUG